AUGGAAUUCGCGACAAGGCGAGCUCGACAACAACCAAACAAUGAUCGCGGAAGCUCGUCGGGCAGCGUGGCUGCCUCACCGCCUGAGGCCCGUCCAGGCACUCGCCAACUUGCCACCUUCUCCCCGGAAGGCCGUCUAUUCCAAGUCGAAUACUCUCUUGAAGCUAUCAAGCUAGGUUCCACGGCGAUCGGUGUACGUCCUGCCCUGCCCACUCUCCGUCCUCCAGUUGUCGGUCAUCAUGAGAUGUCAUUCUACAAUCGAACCGUUGCAACAUCGGAAGGCGUCAUCCUCGGUGUCGAGAAGCGUGUCACAUCCACCCUCCUCGAAGCAUCCUCUGUCGAGAAGAUUGUCGAAAUUGAUCAGCAUAUCGGCUGCGCUAUGUCCGGCUUGCAAGCCGAUGCCCGUAACCUUGUCGAACACGCCCGUGUCGAAUGCCAGAACCAUGCCUUCCACUAUGCAGAGCCGCUCCGUGUUGAGAGUACCACACAGGCCAUUUGCGAUUUGGCUCUCCGAUUCGGAGAGAGUGGUGACGACGAGGAGAGUGUUAUGAGCAGACCGUUCGGUGUUGCGUUGUUAAUUGCGGGUUACGAUGAGGAUGGACCUCAGCUAUAUCAUGCCGAGCCAUCGGGUACCUUCUACCGGUAUGACGCCAAGGCUAUCGGUUCCGGAAGCGAAGGCGCGCAGGCCGAACUGCAGAACGAAUACCACCGGUCAUUGACACUCGCCGAGGCCGAAACGCUUGUGCUGAAGACACUCAAGCAGGUAAUGGAAGAGAAGCUUGAUGCGAAGAAUGUUCAGUUGGCGAGCGUGACCAAAGAGAAGGGAUUCAGCAUCUACAAUGAUGAGGAAAUGGGCCGGGCAGUGGCACAACUGGGUGGAAAUCAAUAA